UCGUUAAUAAUUUCAUGAUCGGGAUUUUCGGAUAUUAUCGUUGUAGUUGUCAAAAAAAUCAAUUGGAAAAUGAACAACCACGUUGAACAUGCCGAUAUUGCUCUCCAUUUAGCUGGCAACAAGACCAUAGAUUUAUCAAAGUUGUCAGAGAAAGAAAGAUGGAAAAUAGAGCACCAAAGAUUACAUGAGAAGCAUCGUGGCCAUGAGGCUAUGCAUGCUGAGAUGGUCCUUAUACUAAUAGCGACUCUUGUUGUUGCACAGAUAUUGUUAGUCCAGUGGAAACAGAGAUACUUCAGGUCUUAUCAGAGAGCCACAUUGAUUGGAAUGUGGAUAAUUCCUGUAGGAUUUUGUUUGAAGUUUGGUUGGACAAGGUUUAUAGUUGUGUGGGCUAUUUUCUCAGUCAUUACCGCCUAUAUUGUGUUCAAAUCUACAAGGAAACCUUUAGAAGGAAGAACACCAAGGCUUGUAUAUAAAUGGUUUCUGCUCAUCUACAAAAUCAGUUAUGGCUCAGGAAUUCUGGGAUACAUGGUCAUAAUGUUAACAAUGCUGGGCGUUAACAUGUUAUUCUUGAUCAAACCACAGUAUUCUAUGGAUUUUGGUCUUUUGAUAAUGUUUUAUGGCCUCUAUUUUGGGGUUGUGUCGAGGGAUUUUGCAGAAGUUUGUAGUGAUACCAUGGCAGCUCAUAUAGGGUAUUAUACAGUAACGGGUUUGCCUGGGAAAAGGUUAGAUCCGAAUAUCUGUGCAGUAUGUGGAAAUCAAAUAUUAGUUACAAAUAAUGAAGAUGCAAUAAUAGAAACAACCUGUAAAUUACAGUGUGACCAUGUAUUUCACGAGUUUUGUAUACGAGGCUGGUGCAUUGUGGGAAAGAAGCAGACGUGUCCAUACUGCAAAGAGAAAGUUGAUCUGAAGCGAAUGUUCCCAAGUCCAUGGGAUAGACCACAUAUGAUGUAUGGAAAUUUCCUUGAUUGGAUUAGAUAUUUAGUUGCCUGGCAACCAGUUAUAAUCAUGUUAGUUCAGGGAAUUAAUUGGAGCUUGGGGUUAGAAUAAGUAAAAUGCAUAAUAGUUAUAUAUUUAUUGAAUCCAAUGAAACAAAAUUGACAAAAAGCCAUGAUCAAUGAAUGUGAUAUUGUAUAAGGAAAGUUACAAGAGUCCCACCUCUAGGUCUGCGUAUUAUUGUAAGUUUGAUGUGAAAUAUAUCUGUUAGAAUAUGGUUUAAAGAUAGGAUGUAUGUUGUGUAAAGUUAACGAUAAUGAAGAGAGUUUUGUUAUGUAAGUUUAUUAAGAAAGUUUUUGUCAAUUGAAAUGUGAUGGCAGCAAGGCAGCAAAACAGCAUAAAUAUGAUAAACUAAUGGGUGACACAGACAUUGAUGUUAAAUUGACAAAAGCUAAAAAAUAAGUAAAGGAAUACUCUAACCCAGUUGACUGUUUCAUGCUAUCCAGUUAGCUUACGGAAUGUCGGUGGUUCUAUUUGAUGUCCUUUUGUGCCUUAAAUAAUGCACAGAGGAGCACCUGAGGUUGUCCUUCAUUAGUAAAGCUGGAAUAUGUCAGUGUGACUUAAAACUGAACAAAAAUAAAGAAUUGGUUCAGCUUCAAAGUUGAAAUAAUCCAUUAAUGGUUACAAGGAUUUCAAUAUUAUAACUGAGCACUCAACAGUUUAGUCUUGAGUACAGGCUUCCCUGCAAUACUGGUUGCAAAGACCUGUAUUUACUGCCACAAGCAUUCUAAUUGGAUUUGUUUAGCCAACUAAUAACUCUAUAGUUAUUUUACAAUAGAUUCAUUUGACAGCUACAUAAAACAUUAUUUAGGUGUACACUUACAACCUCUAGUUGUACAUCAAUAGCAUCCCAGCAUUUGUGACAGAUCAUUUUGUUCACAAGUCAACUACAUGUUAUCUAUUGACGAAUAGUUACAGAUUCCUGUUGGAUCCAAAAAAGCCCAUACUUCUAUUAAACUAUAUAAGCUUUUCUUGAUGGCUGCAUUACCUUAAUCUACAAAUUGUGUGAUAGAACUGUGGUAACAUUUGAAAAAAAUGUUGCAGUUAGUGUAUGCUUUCAAAUGUAGUCAAUUAUUUAUAAUUUUAUCAGAAUCUUCGCAAACAAUAAGUUGUUGGCUUGAUGGUCAGUCUUCAAUCUAAACAAGUUUAGAAUAUUGCAAUAUUUAAAACGAGAAAAGGAGCACGAAAUGUUGUUUUUUUUUUCAAUUUUAAUUUUAACUACAUAUAUAUGUAAUUUUAACUACAUGUUCGUUCUCAAUGUUUAGUUAUAUUUUUUUUCUUCCUAACCAAAUCUGGUAGGUUUUUUUUCUAACUUGUGUAUUCAACACUCACCUUUAAUGGAAACUUUCUACAAGAAUAAAUAUUUUAAUAUUCACAAUUCACUUUUCAUACUUAUAUACAAAUUUGGAUCACCAUUUUUCUUACCAAUUACAAACUCAGUAAAGCUAUUGUAAAGAGUAUAUGUUAUAAAUCAUUAUCUGUGUUAUUAAUAUUUGUAGCAAGUCCCUUAAGCUGCCAUAAUUUGAAUAACUUGUUCAUGUGACAAUAUGUUUAUUAUUCAAUCUGAAAGCCUGCUGCUCCUCCAUAUUGAAAUCCAUCCUCCAAUUUUUAUGGGGUCAGAAAAACACUUAUCAGCAACAAAGAAGCUGUUGGGCACUAAAUGUCAAAGGGUAAGCAAAAUGUGUAGCCUCACUGGGACUUGAACCUGUGACCCUCUAAAUACCAUUCAGUGGAUAUACUGACUAAGCUUUCUGACCUUACAUGUUUUCUCCCCAAAUUAGUGAACAGUUCUAUAACAUCCCCCUACUAUAAACCAGUAAAGUUUUCAAGUUGGAUCAAUUUAAUAUCAGAAAUGUUAGAAACAAAAGAGAGAAGGAUUUAUUGUCUAUUUUUAGUCUUGACUAAAUCAAAUAAAACAUCUAGUCCAUUUUUCCUGACUUGUUCAGUCUAAAAACUCUUAAUGUCACUUGUAUAUAACUUUUUACCAUUCAGCCUUAUUGCCUUUAUACAUGAGUGACAAUAGUUUUUAUUUUACAGUUUAUAAUCUCUACAUUACAUCCGGGAUAUAUUCUUAGAUGUUUUAAUUAAAGUUGUUAAUUGUUUGAAUGCUUAUUUUAACAAAGAUUUUAUGACUUAAAUUUUUUGUCCAUUGUUGUGAAAAUUUUUGAACAUAGUUUUAUAGUUUGUUGACAAAAUUUAAAAAUUUGGUAUGUAUAUAUAACUUCAUGGAUUUAUGGAAACAAAUUUUGCAAAAAUAACUGACGACCCAAACUUCUAAAUGUAGCUCCUCAUUGCCCCUAAUGGUUAAGGUGUUGCCUUUAUGGGUUGAGGCAUCAGAAUUGCAGCCACCGUUUAACCCUGCUGGAUCUUAACAGGUGACUUAAUUUGUUCGAAUUAUUGGAGUCUAUGCAUCUCUUAGCUUCAGCAGAUAAGGUGCUUCAGAUCCCUGGUGUUGCAUGAAGUUUGUAACACCUGAGGUUAUACAAAAUCAUCUUUUCUGUUUCGGUGCCCUAUGACCUUAACUGUGUUGGUGCGCCUUCAAACCAAACCAAACCAUAAAACCAAACUAAACAAAAAAGCUCCUAAUUAGAAUUAGCCCAGCGUCAGUUCAGAAGAUUUUGUGAACAAGUUACUGAUGUGUAUUGAGAUUUUGUAUGUGUUGUAAGUUUCUGUAUGGUAUAUAAUAGAAAUAAAUUGUUAAUUAAUUGCUCUAUUGUUGUAUAAAUAAACAAAAGUGAUAUUAUUUGUGAAA